UUUUAUUCUGUCGUAAACUUUAGAGACGACUCCGACGAAUUUCAUGUGAAAUUUACAGUCCUAAAAAUGGCAUCUAAGUUGAUAAUUUUACUGUCUGGAGUCCUAGGCGUAUUCUUUUUAUAUGCAGGUGUUUGCAAGAUGUAUCCUAUGUUGGACCAAGACCUUCAUUUAUUAAUGAAAAAGCACUUUGUGAAUUAUGCUCGAGUGGCUCCACUUCGCACCAACCUCAACAUGAAGAUCAAGGCCAGCCAGUAUCGCUCUGCCAUCGGGAGCUUAGAGAUUGUUGGUGGGUUUGGACUGCUCAGUAUGACCGGCCGGACAGCACGAAUGAUCGGCUUUGUGAUGCUCAUCGCAGCUGAACUCUUCAUGAUUCAUUCGUACCAGGCAUUGGGUGAUCCUAUCCAUAAAUACCUCCGUUUAGUGGCCGCAGCCGUUCUUCUUACAGCCCAGAUGAUGUUUGAGAGAUGGUAUGCAGGAGGAAACGGGGAAGAGGAAAAAGCGUCCUCAACGACAUUGAAAAAGAAGAAAAGAAGCAAUAAGAAUGAAGGUGUAACAAAUGAAGAAAGCAAGAAAGAGAGCUGAUAGUAUUCUCUGAUCUUUUUUUUCUUGUAAUAUUCUCUCUUGUUCCAUCAUAUGUGUAAUGAGUAAAUGUAAAUGAAUAUUGUUGUGGUUGGUCAU